AUGCGCCAGCGUCGAGAGCAGAGUUUGGACACGGCCGAUGGCCUAUCGAAUGCCCCCUCCAUUGCCCAGAUCAAUGGCUGUCUGCAGGACAGGCGGAGCAGCGAAGAGAGCGAAGGUUUUCUGCCCGAGGCGGUGCACCAGCUCGGCCAUGAGGGUCAGGAUGUGCUGCGAAAGUUGCUCGAAAUUGAGCCGCGACAGCGCAUACGCAGUGUGAUGGCACUGCAAAGGAUAGCGCUAUACAAGGGCUACAAACUGACGUCCAAGCAGCUGCUGAGCCUUUCGCCGCUAGAGAUUAUCAAACGGGAUGGCGUACGAGUGUAUGAGGACAGCCAGUUUGAUCCCAUAGCCAGCCAGUUGGCCAUCAAAGCAUUCCAGGACUUCUGA